AUCACCAGUCAAAGCGACACGUCAAAAUCAUUCAAUAUCUUAGAACAGCUUGAUGGUGCGUAUAACGCGCGCCUGACACAGGGGAAGGCAGUUCGGGUGGCUGCAGCGGAGGAAGUCCAACUUGGCCUUCCCACUCAGCGCUGUGUAUGA